CGAGUGUAAACACGGGUGCGCGGCGCGGCGCCGUGCCUCGCGGGGAGGGUCCACGGCACUCGGGCGGCCGCCGCCGCGCGCUCCGCCCGCACCAUGUCGGUGCGCGUAGACCAUCGCGAUCGCGAACGAUUCUCGAGACAUUCUUCCCGCGCUUCCGUCGAUCUCGCUUUUCCAAGCAGUUCGACACGCGACCACUCUUUCCGCUCGGUACAUUCGGCCCGCGUGCCGCGAGCAGCCAGCGAUGAUUUGAUGGUGCCUGUGCGCACGCUACGAUCGGCUUCGUGUCGCGUAGCUCCAGGAGCGCCCCAUCGCCUGCGCCGCCACCACUCAUCAGCAGCGGAAUGCGAGCGCGCCCGUCGCUCGCGGCGCCACACGCUCGAGCUCCCCAACAGCCGCGGGCCCAGCGUCCGCAGCCGCUCGCCGGAGCCGCCACCGCCGCCGCCGGAGCCAGAAAUCCCGCCCGAGGACGCCGGCAAGGAGGCUCGGAGGCGCCGCGUCGUGGCGGCCGUCGCAGCCUCGUUCUUCGCGCUGGCGCUGGCGUCUGUCCUCGUGGUGGUGGUGACGCUGACUCACAGCUCUGUGCUUCGCGCACACAACCAAACGGCCAAGUACUACACGUUCUCCGUGCCGCCGCACCAUCCUCUCAGUGAGCCCCGUUCAUGUUGCCCCACCGUCGCCCCUCCCGCUUCGCAUGCGACUGUCUCCGACCCUGAGUGCCAGGGGCUGCGAACGUCGCCGAGGCGGCUCGUCUGCACAUCACCGCCACCAUACGCGUUCGCCAGGAGAACGAGCGCAUGAUGCACGACGUCCUCCAGGCGGGAGUCUUAAAUCGCACCCAGUCGUCGGGGUUGCGCUGACGCCGCGCUACUCGCCGCGGCCGCGGCUGGACAACGUGCGGCCGGCCGCCGCGCCGCCGGAGGAGCCACCCGAGCCGGACACCACCACCGCCACGCCGCCGC